AAAUUAUUCGAUGAUAAUGAUGACGAACAAGAUGUAGAUGAGGAAGAAUUGAAUUUUGAAGAUAAAAUUUUCAAUGGCAAACAAUUAUCGGAAAAGAAAACAUCGAAAUUAAUUGAAUUAAAAUCCCGUCUGGCACAUGAUUCUCGUUUUCACAUCGAUGAAAGAUUCAUUGAAGAUGAUGAUGAUGAUGAUGAUUCAAAAUGGAAAUCCGAGAUUGAAGUGGAAAAAGAAAAAAAUUUAAACAUUCUUGAAAAAGUUAUCGGUAAAAAUCUAAAUCCACCAUGGAAAUCAAAACCAACCACAAAACCAUCAUUAUUCGUUCCAAGAUUUGAUCCAACCAAAGAAGAAUGUAGCCAAUAUGAAUUGAAACAAUCUGGGAAUGAAUCGAAUCGAAAACGUAAACUUUCAUCGAUAAAUCUGGAUGAAAUUGAUCGAAAAAUUGAGCUUCAAAAACAAAUUGAAACAAACAACGAUUGUAAGAAAUUAAAAUUGAAUGAAAACCAAAACGAAUGCUAUUAUGAAGUUGGUCAAAAUCUAAAAAAUUUAUUCGAUGGCCAAACCGAAGAUUUUACAUUUGGAUCAUCGAUUUUCGGACAAAAUGAACACGAUAAAGACGAUGACCAAAAAGAAUAUGAAGAAAUACCGAUUCAAGCUCCGAAACUGCCAAAAUUUUUAGCCAAAAAUCGUCAUAAUGAUUCCAGUGAUAAUGAUGAAGAUGAUGGUAAAAUUAAUAUAAAAAUUCAUGAUUCAAAUUCGCUACAGAAAGAUCGAAAAAAUCAAAUCAAUCAAUCACAUUUGGUGGAUUCUUUUUUAAAGCUGAUGAUGCUCGUCUACAUGAAACACAUGGAGGAACAAUUUUUCUCACCGGAAUUGAUUCAAAAAAUUAAUCAAACAUCCAAAGAAAGACAAUUGAAUAUGAUCAGAGCAUUAAGUUUACGAAAAAAAUCAUCAUUGAAAAAUCAAAAAACAGCCGAAAAAUAUGACGCUAAACAAAAACAACAUAAACGUUUUAUAUUGCAACAGAAACGGCGGAAAAAAUAUGGCCGACGACAAUUCAAAAACGGUACAAUGCGGCAGAAAAAAUCAACUAAUUUUGCAAUUGAUUCUCUUGUAUAAAAAAAAUUGAAUAAAAUUUUUUGAAAAAAAAA